CAGAGAGAGAGAGAGAGAGAGAGAGCGGGAAAAUGUCGUGGGUGGCUCUCUUCAUCUCGGCGACGAAGCUCGCCGGAGUCCUCGUCACCGUCACCGUCGCUGCCAACGCCUUUUCCUUCUCCCGUUACCGACGGAAGUAUCUCCGCCCGUUCGAUUCUCCGAUCGACGAGUCCGCCGAUGUCCUCGCCGACUUUACCUCGCUCCCUGGAUCCGAUGAUGCAUUCUUCUUCGGAUUAGCAACAGCACCAGCUCAUGUGGAAGACAAGCUUGAUGAUGCAUGGCUCCAGUUUGCGAAGGAGCAUCCUUGUGCCGACUCUGAGAGCACUAAGAGGUCACAUCCAGCUGAUGCCUUGAUGGCUUCUGCUACUGGUGACGGUGGUUCUCAGCCGGGUUAUUUGGCUAAAGAUGAGUCUACACGUGCUAAUGCUAAGGUUGCAAAGAAGCCCCUUAAGAUUGCCAUGGAGGCAAUGAUUAGAGGAUUUGAGAAGUACUUGGAUGAGGAUGAGGAGAAAGAGUGCAGCUGGUUUUGUUUUCUCUGUAGGCAGGAGAGGCUGAGAUUUUGGUCUGACCCUGACAUUGAGCUGAAACUGGCUAAAGAUACUGGUAUCACUGUUUUCCGGAUGGGAAUAGAUUGGACAAGGAUCAUGCCAAAGGAACCAACAGAUGAUCUCAGUCACACAGUCAACUUUGCAGCAUUGGAGAGGUACAGAUGGAUAAUUGAAAAAGUUCAUGCAUAUGGAAUGAAGGUGAUGCUUACGCUUUUCCAUCAUUCCCUUCCUCCUUGGGCUAGCAAAUAUGGAGGAUGGAAGGUGGAGAAAACUGUUGAUUACUUCAUGGAUUUUACAAGGCUUGUUGUAGAUCGUGUAUCGGAGUUGGUGGAUUAUUGGAUAACAUUUAACGAACCCCAUGUAUUCUGCAUGCUAACUUACUGUGCUGGAGCUUGGCCUGGAGGAGACCCUAAUAUGAUCGAGGUUGCAACAUCUACUUUACCAACUGGUGUUUACAAUCAAGCCUUGCAUUUUAUGGCCACUGCGCAUUCCAGGGCCUACGACUAUAUCCAUGAAAAAAGCCAGAGUACUGGAAAAACUACUGUCGGGAUUGCACAUCAUGUCUCUUUUAUGCGUCCCUAUGGUCUCUUUGAUGUCGCUGCUGUUACACUGGCCAGUUCAUUGACGCUUUUCCCCUAUGUGGAUAGCGUCUGUGAUAAGCUAGAUUUCAUAGGCAUAAACUAUUAUGGACAGGAAGUGAUCUCUGGGCCUGGUUUGAAGCUUGUGGAUAAUGAUGAAUAUAGUGAAUCUGGGCGUGGUGUUUAUCCUGAUGGCUUAUUCCGCGUGCUGCAUCAAUUUAACGAAAGAUACAAACACCUAAAUGUGCCUUUCAUUAUUACAGAAAAUGGAGUUAGCGAUGAAACUGACUUAAUUCGGCGUCCGUACAUGUUGGAGCACUUGUUAGCGGUUUAUGCAGCCAUUAGAACGGGAGUUCGUGUGCUUGGUUAUUUGUUCUGGACAACAUCUGACAAUUGGGAGUGGGCUGAUGGAUAUGGUCCCAAGUUUGGACUUGUGGCAGUUGACCGUGCCAAUAACCUUGCACGGAACCCUCGUCCCUCUUAUUACUUGUUCUCAGAGGUGGUAGAAACUGGCAAAGUCACAAAACUAAACAGAAGGCAUGCUUGGAGAGAGCUUCAAAAUGCUGCUAAAGAAAAGAAAACGCAUCCAUUCUUCCGAGCAGCUGACAGGAAAGGACACAUGUAUGCAGGAGGAUUGGAUGAACCUAUACAAAGACCUUACAUUCAAAGAGACUGGCGCUUUGGUCAUUAUGAGAUGGAUGGCUUGCACGACCCAGUCAGUCGCUUAUCAAGAUUGAUCACUGCACCUUUAUGUAGGAAGAACAAGACUCGUCAAUUGGACGACGAAGAUCUCAUUCUUCAGCCUCUUGGCCGUUGACGACUUUCUCUGUGUAUUUGACCAUCAUAAUAUAUCAAAACUUAUAUCUAGGUUGGGCAGUUAUUUCUUCAUAACUUCUAAAAGCUCUUUGGUGUAUCGUACAAUAUAGAGAAACGAAUAAUAUGUCAGAAACAAGAGCAGACUCCUAGGGAAGUGAGUUAUAGAUUUGCUCGCUCUAUGUAAACAAGCAGGCUCAAUAAAACUUAUGGAUAAUUGCUGCUCUCAGAUUAUUAGGUCAGAGGAGUGGCAUAAUCCUGCUUGCUGUCAUUAUAUGUUUGUAUCGGUGAAUUGCAAUAUAAAAGUUUUUCUCGAAAAAAUUUCAAUAUAAAAGUUCACUUCCUGAUGGAGUUAGUAUUGUUUGUAUGCAAAACAUUUCCUUGAUCUUUGUCCUACUCUAUAAGACAUUUGAACUUAUAUUCUGCCAUUAAUGAAAUGAACACCGAUUCAGGUUCA